CUACACGUCGCGUUCUCUCGAACACAUACCGACACGUGCGUGGCGCUUCCCCAUACCGUUCUAUUUUCAAUACGCACCCUGUGUUGUGUGUGGCGUUUGGAAUUUCACUUCUUGCCUAUUGAUUUUCUGCCGCGCAAAAAGUGUUGUGUAGGUGCGAGGAUAUGCGUAGUAAUAGGACGGGUGAGCACAGGUGACAUUUGUGUUUAAUGCCAGUGCCGUGUUCAUAAUGUUUGUUUGGAAAGCGAACACGACCCGCCGGAAGUGCGGUAGCUGGUCUAGAAUGGUGACAAAAGUUGGAACACAAAUAUCAAGGACGACGUCUUUGUGCCUCGUUUUAGCGUUAAUCAGUACUAAAGCUCGCGCUGGUGAGCUCUGGCCUACGGAGCGACCGGAUGGCAUGCCUGUGAUACAAUCGCUGGAGGUGAUGUGUGGAAAGGAUCACAUGGACGUACACCUGACAUUUUCACAUCCAUUCGAGGGCAUUGUCUCAUCAAAAGGUCAGCACGGUGAUCCUCGAUGUGUCUACGUGCCGCCAUCCACAGGCCAAACCUACUUCUCAUUUAGAAUCGCCUAUGCCAAGUGCGGUACUAAACCUGACCUACACGGCCAGUUCUACGAAAAUACAGUAGUGGUUCAGUAUGACAAGGACCUGCUAGAAGUGUGGGACGAGGCCAAAAGGUUACGCUGUGAAUGGUUCAACGACUAUGAGAAGACUGCUUCGAAACCUCCUAUGGUCAUAGCUGACUUGGAUGUUGUGCAGUUGGAUUUUAGAGGUGACAACGUGGACUGUUGGAUGGAGAUACAAGCUGGCAAAGGACCUUGGGCGGCUCCAGUUUCUGGAAUAGUGCCGCUAGGUUCCACGCUAACUCUCGUCGUGGCCAUUAACGAUUAUCGAGGUGAAUUCGAUAUGCGAGUCAAAUCUUGCGCCGCUUCUGAUGGCUCCGGGCAUAUUAUACAGCUGUCAGAUGAAUACGGCUGUGUGCUGCGACCUAAAAUGAUAUCCAGGUUCCUCAAAGCCAAAGCAGUUGAUGAACGGGCAACAGUGAUCACAUAUGCCUUCUUCCAUGCAUUCAAGUUUCCCGAUGCACUAAGUGUCCAUAUACGGUGUAAAGUUGAGAUCUGUCGACACGGCUGCUUAGACCACUGUCAGCUGGCGGGCUUAGCACCGGGACCUCAUGAUGCAUUGGAUAGAAAAGAUGAGAGGUCACAACAGGAACGCAAUGACAUUGGUGACAUAUUAUCGGAAGACACAGAUUUGAGUCUCGCGGAAGACCACCAACGUCUCCCGUUGGAGGAGGCGUUCGGUGACGAAGUGUCAGGUGACGCUGUUCCUGCGCCUGCGCCGUUGCCACAGCGUGCCCCUGCGUCCUUACCACAGCGUGCUCCCGCCCCCGUCAUUGAAGAAGAUACCGACCAUCGGUCUGCUGUUGAGGAGCUGGUUGAGGCGCUCGCUAGGCCCUUCACUGACCGUCCCUCCGACUUAACCGAACGUGAACGUUUCCCCCAUGGCCCAAGAAACUUCGGCGAUAUUAAAAACGAAGCCGUAGUUCCAGCACAAAAGCCAGGUCCAGCUGUUGCUGGCCCCAGGUCUUUGAGGAAACGCAGAACAGUCCGUGACGCACGGUCAGCUGACGUUGGUGUCUCUGGGCUUUAUGAUGUUGUCUCUGAAGCUGACCUGCAAUUUGGUCCUACGAGAGAACCCGUUACAGUCUUCAGUGGCAGGAUAAGAGAGGAGGUGGUUUAUGGAAUAUGUAUGGGUGCAGUUAGUUUCGGAGCCCUCUUCGCUUCAGCGGCAGGCGCAGCCGCUGGUGCUGCACUGGCUGCUGCGGUCCUCUUGCAUAAGUUGCGCGCACGCAUGGCUGCUCAGACGCCGAUGUCUACAGCUCCGGCAUCGCACUCCCUCGCUGCCUGGAUGGCUUUACGUUUACUAGGAACACCGCACUCACGGGAAGGAUGAUCAUUAGUUAGUGUAUAAUGAAAUUAAUUAUCCCAAAAAUAUUGUAAAAUUUGUAUUUCUGACAAGUGACAGUUGAUAUUCUCUUUGAAUUUUUGAGGUCUUUCAGGCAUUAGCGUAUCAUUGGUCUUAUUUAUAAUUAAUGAAUUUUGUCAGUAAUUGCGCAAUCGCAAUUUCGUUAAAACGUCUACACACGGCCCUAAAAUCAGAGGCGCUGGAGGAGUUCACUGUGUUUUUUGUACACUCACGAUGAAAACUUAAAAACUGCAUCAAAAUAACCGUAAUAUAUUGGAAAUCAUAUAUACCUAAUAAAUAUCAUAAACUUACAUUUGUAUCACAUUUGUAUAACAUUUGUAAAAAUGAGUUCAUAAGUUUUUGUUGUGAUACGUCGGAACAUAAAAUUUUAGACAUUGAUCACUUUAAGACCUCUCUCUUACUUGACCAAAACUAUCGCGUUCAAAAAACGCUACAGAAAAAACUUUUUCGAUUGAUUUUAUUUUACCAGCGCCAAUUAAUAUUCAUAAAUUGCAAUAUAAAAGCGUAAAUUUCAAAGAUUUCAACAUUUAUAUGCAAUGGUUUUCGUUUAUUCGUCACACUAAUCAAUAUGAAGGAUGGAACGGCUAUUUAGUAACUUUAAAGCAGUGUUUCUACAUAAUAUAAAAAAAUGUUUUAUUAACGCUUUAUACUUGCAGUUCCUACAUCCUUCCUAUAUAUUCCGUGUUAAUUAAAUUAAUGAUUUUGUUAGAGAAAGUAUACCGAACUACGUAUCUGUAGUUCAGGUGACUAGACAAAGACACUUCGCGCCCAGCGUGGCUCGAUACCAAAAAUGUAUCGAAGUGGUCACGUGACCACGUAAAAGUGAUUUUCAAUCGCAUACCACAAAUUUAUUGCUCAUUUUGUUAUUGAAAUUUGUUCUGCAGUUAGUUGUUUUCACUAAAACGGACUUUUCUAUAUAAUUAGAUAGUUUACUAAAGAAGAAUCGUUUACUGAUGAGCGUUGCUAUUUUUAAAUUAUUACAUAUUUUGCGAAAUAUUUGCCUUAAAUGACCAACUUUCAACCUAUUAAGAUAUUUAGAAGAAUAUAUAUGGAAAAUGAUGGUUCUAUUAUGAAAAGUAUGGUGCUAACUUGGACAUGGUCCUGUUGAAUUUAUUCGCACGGCAUAGGUUUAUUUUAAAAACGUUAAUAAAUAAAUAUUUAUUAUAUUAAACAUCGUAUUCGUUUUUAAAAUAUUCCUGUAAAUUGUUAUUUUCAGUGAUGUAUCUACGAUUCAUGGAUAAAUUAUUGAAAAUGCUUUUUUAUAAGUUUGUACAGUUUAUAAUCGGUAUAUUUUAAACUUUUAGCGGUAAGGAUGUUGAGUCAUGCCAUUAGUAUAAGAUUUUCUUUAUGCUCAAUAAAUAUAACGAUACUUUCAAAGUAUUUUUAAGAUUAUGAGGUUAAAACAUAACGUAUAUAAUGAAACCCUCAAAGCUCCGUUAACAUUGAUUAAGAAUGCCGGACACAUGACGUGGCAGACUAGAAGGCAAAUUAAUUUUUGUAUGUACGUAACAUUGUCCUAUUGACGCCCAUACGCGAGCGGUAUCCUACUUUGAAUUUCUCAAAGUAUUAACUAUAUAGUGAUCGAACCGUUUCCGUCAAAUUAAAAAAAAUACGUACGCGUUAAGCGCACAGAUAUUCGAGAACUACAUUUCAUUCGUUUAGAACAGUAGUAAUUUUAUCUGUGUAGUGUAUAGCUGUCAGCCGAACGUAAUAGGACGAGUCUUUUGUUCGGUGAGACCAGCUAUUUCCGAUUGUGGAGGUCCAUGUUUGGACUUCUAAAUGUAAACAUGCCUGGCGCAAGUGUCUGGCACGAUCAGUGUUUGGCGAUAUAUACCUUAGACAUGUUAUUUAACGUGUCAAAAAGGUUCUGAUAUGAAACGAUAAAACACAAAUACUUUGAAUGGUUAUUUGAAAUUGAAACUUGUCUACACCCCCGCAUUAAAUAUCUAAUACACCACACAAUCGGUUCGUAGACAUUACGAUUGGUUAUAUAGAAAUCGCGUUCAGUCAAACGCACAAUAUGACCAUCAUAUAAAUUAUUUAUAUAUAAUAAUUAUAUUUAAUG